GUGUAGUUUUUUUUAACUAGAAUGCUGAAAAGUAGUAGUAUCACAAUGAUGCUAAUGGUUCAGCACCAGUGGAUGCAGUUCAAGCACCACACAACGUACUUUUUGUUCACCCGAUCGCCUCGCUCAGCGUUCCAGCCCUCGCCCGAAAGGAUUGUUCCAGUCCAUCGAAGGAAUUCUCCAUCUCCAUCACGAUCUCGAUGUUCGAGCUCCUCCUGCGGGCCUUGGACCAGCGGGUGCCGUAGUUCUUUUUGGGGACGAGUGGCGAGGAUUCCCGCACCCUCGGGAGCGAUUCCGGAUUGGUGGCGUCCUCGGCGGCCGUGGCUCCGGCAAGGGCCUCGUUCCUGCGCAGCACGCCCGUCACACGGAGGUACAGGACUCCCAGCAGGGUGAUGAUGGAAAGGACCGGUGCAAACAGGGCUGCCGGCGCGAGCUCCCGGCCGUCGAUCGAAGCGGCGACGUCCCCGGGAUGCCGGAGGCAGUACGCGGCGACGAUGCCGGGGGUGACGAACCCCGCAACCGAGGCUGCCAUGCUGAGCACGGCCUGCAUCGAGCCGUGGUAGUCCUUCAGGGCCGGCUUGGCAUUGACGGCCAGCGUGAAAAUGGUGCGGGUCGUCGCUGCGAGGUAGGGAAAACUCGAGGCCCCCAGCAAGACGGGGAGGUAGAAGUUCCAGGCCGUCGAGUCCUUGAUCCAGAGCGCGUACACCAAGACGUAGGCCACCGUCGACAGGACCAGCCCCCCGCACAGCAUAUUUGCCUCGGAAACCCCCCGCUCGGAGAGACGCAUGACGGCCACCAUGUUGGCAGCAAUCACAACGGAAAUCGAUCCCAGAGCGACCGAGGACUGGACCGGGCCCCACCCGAGGCCGUCGUUGGCGGCCGGAGCAAAGCCCGUUUCAAUAAGCUGGAAGUUUGCGUUGAAGGCAAAAAUGCUGAGCAUCGGGACCAGAACGUCUACUGAGAGCAGGCUGCAAAGGACAGCGGAACUGGACGACUUGGUCCGUUCCGCCUUUUCGUCGUCGUCGCGAACCGAGUCUCCCUCCUCCUCCUCGUCGUCGUCGUCGUCGUCCUCGCCGCCGCCCCCUGGUUCUUCCAGAAAAUACAGAAUCGCCGCCAUGGCCGUCAGGUUGCAGGCCACAAUAAUCAGCCCCACCGAGUUGAGGCUGUCCAGUCUCCAGUGCGUUCCGAUGGGUACGUCGACCCUCGCCACCAGAAUGUUGACCCCGGGUCCCACGGCCAUUCCCAGAAUCCGGCAGAGCGAGAGCAGCGAGUUCACCGCCGUCUGCUUCUUGGCCGGGACCGACCGGGCGACGUAGGCAUAGCCGAGGGCACUGUUGGCAGCCCCGCAGCCACCCAGGAGGCGUGCCCCAAAGAUCGCGAGCACGGCGACGUUUCCGGCCGGGAGGGCCGACGCCAAGACAUAGACGAUGCCUCCCACCAGAGCAAUCAGAAGGGAGACGACAUAGGGAACCCGAAAGCCCUGGUGGUCGGACCACCAGCCGACGAUCGGUUUCAUACAAAAGGAGGAAAAGGAAAAGGCGGACAUGAUGAGGCCGUACUGGUCCUUGGUUCCCCCGUUUUGCAGGACGUAAAAGACCAGGGACGGCGUGACGAGCAUGUAGGAAAUGGCGUCAACAAUGCCGACCACUGUCAGUGCG